AUAGAGCCCCUAUCAUUCAGUCUCAGUAGUCAUACCAUUUCCAAUUCAACCCCACAUGUGCAAGGUGCACAUGUACUUAACGAUACAAUAUCUUAUAUCUAAUCUAUUACCGAAGAGUAAUCCAGGAGAUCAUUAAACUAGAAAAGAUGGAUGAUAUAGACUCCAUGUUCACUGACCUGCUGGGAGAGAUGGACCUCCUAACACAGAGUCUUGGGUAUGAAAUGGAGCCCUCAGAAAUGUCAUCCAGCUCACAGAGAGAAAAAAACUUCUCUAUUGGGUUCACAGAUUUGAACGAAUCUCUAAAUGCGCUAGAGGAUCAUGACCUGGACGCUCUGAUGGCUGAUCUGGGGUCAGAUUUGUCAGAGACAGAGGAGAAACUGAAUGCAACCAAGAUGGGACAUGUCCACACACAGCUGCACAAGUCUGGCUAUUCCACCCAACAACAAAAUGUCCGAGCACCUAUCUCCUUGUCCCAAAUGUCAUCGCUGGCGUCCUCCUCAUCCUCUCUACCUCCUGAACCCCCAAAACCACUUCCACCGGGAGAGGCCGAAGCACAAGCCAAAACUGACAAAAUCAAGCUGGCUCUGGAGAAGCUAAAAGAAGCCAAAGUUAAGAAGUUGGUAGUGAAGGUGAUGAUGAGUGAUGGCAGCUCCAAGACACUGAUGGUGGACGAGAGACAGACGGUCAGGGACGUGCUGGAUAAUCUGUUUGAGAAGACCCACUGUGACUUCAGCAUGGACUGGAGCCUGUGUGAGACCAACCCCGAGCUGCAGACGGAAAGGGGGUUUGAAGACCAUGAAUAUCUAGUGGAGCCUCUUUCUGCAUGGACACGAGACAGUAAAAACCAAAUCAUUUUCCUUCUGAGACCCAACAAAUAUCUCUUCUUCAAGGACCCCCAGAUAUUCUACCUAUGGAAGAAAGACCAAAAAUGUAUUAAUGAGAUAAAAGAAAGGCAUAAGGAACUUCUGCUAAAGGAAAACUUUGAUGGGCCUUCUCUCAUCGUCCCAGACCUGGAGGGGCUGCUGUAUCUGAGAGAGGAUGGGAAGAAAUCGUGGAAACGUCGCUACUUCCUGCUCAGGGCAUCUGGGAUAUAUUAUGUGCCUAAAGGAAAGACAAAGACAUCCAGGGACCUGGCGUGCUUCAUUCAGCUUGACAAAGUCAAUAUCUACACCACCACUGAUUACAAACAGAAAUACAAAGCACCAUCUGAUUUCUGCUUCAUCCUCAAGCAUCCUCAGAUCCAGAAGGAGUCCCAAUACAUCAGAUUCCUGUGUUGUGAUGAUGAGCACACUCUCUCCCUCUGGGUCAACUCCAUCAGAGUAGCCAAGUAUGGGGCCACCCUGUACAAGAACUACCAGAUGGCAGUGAGGAGAGCAUCAACCAUCAGCUCCACUCUGCACCUGACUAGUCUGCCUGCCUCCAGCCCUUCCACACCUACUGUGCACAGAGCAAAUGGACACACCCCUCAGGAGGACCUCCCUGAACCUCCCCCAGACGUUAUUCCCCCGCCCCCUCCUGGUUGGGGCUCUGGAGUCUAGGGAAGGAGCUCCACCCCCUCAAUGCACAACCUUUGACUACCAUAGGACAUUCUCAACCUACCUAAAGACAGGCAGAUGGACAAUAAUAUUUUCAAUCAGAUUUAGGUCAGAACUGAGACUACUAGACUAUUUAGGAACACUCAACACCUCUUAGAAAACCAUUCUGGUGUAUCUUUAGCAUUAGAAUUUGUGCAAUUGUUCCGCAAAAAAUAUAUAACUAUCACAGGGUUAGCUAUUCAGAAGACUAUGGUGGGUUUUCCUCUAACUUUUUACCUGUCCUUUGCUCUUUUCAUAUUUAUUUUGAUCCUAACAAACUCCCCAGCCCCUUCCAGCAACAAGCAUACCCAUAACAUGAUUCUGCCACCACAAUACUAAUCUUAUUCAAAAUGAUUCACAUCUGUAAUGGCUGCCAACAGUGCUUCCAUAAAUCAAAUGAAAAUGUAUUUGUCACAUGCGCUGAAUACAACAAGUGUAGACCUUACCGUGAAAUGCUUACUUACAAGCCCUUAACCGACAGUGCAGUUCAAGAAGAGGCACCUUAUCCUCAAGGUCACCUCAAGGUCGCCUAUCCUCUUCACGUUGUACACAAACCUUUGCAUCUGCUCUGCAAGCACCGCAACAACUACGCAGUUCAGUUCUCAGACAAAACCGCUGUCCUCGGACUCUUAAACAAAGGCUCUGACACCAACGGCUACAGCUGCGAUUGAAGGAUUCGUCAGAUGGUGUGAUGAACACCACCGACAACUGAAUGUGAAAAAAACUGAGGAGAUGAUCCUUGACUGUAAGUCCAUUGGAGACUACAUCCCCAUGGUGGUACAUGGAAAGAACAUUAAGCAGGUAAACUCAUACAAGUACCUGGGGUGCCCAUUCACAUUUUCUCCUGACACACAAAUGGACUGUAAAUAGAUAACGUUACCAUUAGUUUAUCCUGACCAGAUGGACAGGGCGCAUAGGCUGUAAGCAGCUGCUCUUAUUAGUAGACUACAGUUGAUCAGACUGAAAAAUAGUCUCGUUUUCAUCCCAUACAGCAUGUCAGAUUUCUAAUGUUUAGGUGUAGCCUAGGCUGCUGCAACAUUUAUAUCAUGAGUUGUUUCUUGUGUCUGUCCGGAGUGAUUAUGUGUUAUCACCUUUGCUAAAUGUAUACUGGAUGCAAGUGGAAAGCCUACUUGAGCACACGCGAAAAAAUGCGCUGCGUCAAACUCUCUCUUUUAUCUUUUAAUGGAUGAUGAGAUGGAAGCAUUGGGAAUUCGGAAUCGUUUUCGACAUGCCAGAAAAGACAGUCAAAAGUUCGAUAUGUUCAGCAAGUGACGCAUCGUAACGUGUAAUUAGCUCUGCAAGCUCCUUGUAGUUCCCCUUGUCGGUGGAACUUUCCAUCUCAAAAUCUUGCAAGGCCAGCAAUAGAGGCGGCUUGAUGAAAGGCUCCCUGUUUACCAGCUAUACUGUUGAUACCAGAUGCCAUUGAACACCCUCACCUUUUCACCCUUCUUCAUGAAACUGAUCUCAGGCAGAGGUCGACCCUCGCUUUUAAUUUGCAGCUUUUCCGUGUACCCCAGAGAAUGGAAGGGGUCAACAAAAAGUCCACAACAUUUUCGGCAUUGCUAAUUUUUGGCCAUGCUAACGUUACCAUUAUGGCACAGAAAACGGCACACUCGCUCUGGUAGCUAGCUAUAGCUAAAUUACUGAAGUUAGCAAGGCAAAUGUAAAUAAAUUGCACAAACUGGACGCAAAAAUAAAGUUAAGAAAACAAUUGAUAAUAUUUCACCUAUGUCUCCUGUAAUUUGAAAAAACUCAUUUUAAUUGAAUAAUUUCCAAAAAAUGCUCAACUAUCACUUUUCACUCUUAAUCUCUAUCCAACAAUGUCCCCAAGCUUCUCAGCACAUAGAACCCCCAUAAUGCUCUGUGGCACAAUCCCAAUACAAAUCAUGGGUUCGUUCUUUGAUCCUAAUUCUAUGACUGGAUGGACAACAUGUCAGUUCAUACCUCAAAAGCUUUGAUUGGAUGGAGGACGUCCUCCAGAAGUAGAAUUAAAAUGUAUGUCUAUGGAAGGGGGAGAGGCCUACGAGCAUCCUAGGUUUUGUAUUGAAGUCAAUGUAGCCAGAGGAGGAACACCCAGGAGGAUGGACUUUGCUAUAAAAUUCUGUGGGGGGCUCUUUGACAAGCUCCAUUAUUAUUCCAGUAAUUAUCCCAGUAAUUAAAUAAUAAAGUUUUGAAGAAAUUAAAAAA